GUGGUGCUCUAAUAAUUUGCUUAACGGUUCAUCUUGUUGGGAAACACGAAUAUACGCAUAUCUUUGUUCUUUCGUAUUCACGGAGCGACUCCGUUCGUGAGUUAUUUGAAGGAGUAAAAUGAUGCGUAACCUACUGGCUGGGCUUUCUUUUGCGGUGUUGGUCACGUCCGUCGUUCUUUAUGUGCUCGCAUGCAAUUUUGCCGAGAGCAACAAGGAGAGCACGCGUCGAAAAGUAGACGAUACCGGUGCGUCUAGUUCAUCCGCCGCUUCGGCGGGAAGUAACAGUUAUGAUGCGUUCUUGAGUUUCAGCAGCAAGGAUACUCACAAGACCUUUGCGGAUCACCUCUACAAGGGCCUCAUCAAUGCUGGAAUCUGCAUGUUCACAGACAACAAUGAGCUUGCCGAAGGUGAGAAGAUCGGCACCAACCUUCUCCAGGCCAUUAAAAAUAUGUUGGUUGCGUCGAUUCUUCUCUCUAUGCUCGCAUACUAUUUUGUCAAGAGCAACAGGAAGAGCACCCAUCAAAAAGCAGAUGAUACCGGUGCAUCUAGUUCGUGCGCUACUUUGACAAGUGAAAAUUAUGAUGUGUUCUUGAGUUUUAGAGGCGAGGAUACUCGCAAAACCUUCGUGGAUCACCUCUACAAUGGCCUCGUCGAUGUUGGAAUCCAUGUGUUUAGAGACGACAAUGACCUUCGCGAAGGUGAGGUGAUCGGAACCAACCUUCUUCAAGCCAUUAAGAACAGUAAGAUCUCGAUCCCGAUUAUUUCUCAGAACUAUGCUUCAAGCAAAUGGUGCCUUCAAGAGCUCGUUGAGAUGAUGGAGUGCAUGAAGAGCGUCAGACACAUUGUCUUGCCCGUAUUUUACCGGGUUAAACCGGCCCAUGUGCGACACCAAAAAGAAAGCUUUGGAAAGAAUUUUUCCCAUUUGAGUAGGAAGUAUAUAAAAGAAGAUGCCGACAAAUGGAAACAAGCACUCCAAGAAGUGGCUUCCCUUAAGGGAUGGGAAUCGGAGAAAACUGCCAAUGGCCACGAAGGAGAAUUGGUUAAAAUCGUUGUCAGAAAAGUUUUGAGUGAGUCAAAGAAGGCUUUUCAGCUGGUUGUUCCUGAGCAGCUUGUCGGAAUCAAUAAUGCUGUGGAGGAUAUCUUGAGAUUGCUGGAUGAUAAACACGGUGCCACCCAAAUUGUUGGUAUUCAUGGAAUGGGGGGAAUCGGUAAGACAACUUUAGCUAAGGUCGUCUACAAUAAACUAUUCGACCAAUUUCAGCAUCAUAGUUUUAUUGCAGAUAUUCGAGAAUCCUUGCCAAGCAAGGGCAUUACAUAUUUGCAGGAUCAAUUAAAAUUUGAUAUACUGAAAGAGAAAGAUCAUGUGUUUAAUCAAGAUGAAGGAAUCAAGAUUAUGGAAUCUAGAUUUAAAUGUAAGAAAGUCUUAAUUCUUCUAGAUGAUGUGGAUGAUAACAAUCAGAUCAAAGCUUUGGUUGGGAAACGUGACUGGUUUGAGAUGGGAAGUAAGAUAAUAAUUACCACAAGAAUAAGAUCAGUUCUUGAUGAUGUUGGGGUGAACUGCAAGUAUGAACUCAAAGAAAUUGCGGAGGAUAAGUCCUUGAUCUUGUUCAGUAGACAUGCCUUUAGGAGGGACUCUCCUCCGUGUGAAUUUGAAUCUCUCUCUCAUGCUAUUGUGUCCACUACUGGAGGGCUACCCUUAGCUCUCGAGGUUAUAGGUUCGUUUUUGUGUGGACGGAACCGAGCAUUUUGGCAAGAUGCAUUAAAGAAGUUACAGAAAGUACCACAUGAGAAAGUGCAAGAGAAAUUGAAGAUAAGUUACGAAGCAUUAAAUUAUGAGGAAAAACAGAUAUUUUUGGAUAUUGCCUAUCUCUUUAGUGGAUAUUCUUUUAAAUAUGCGUUCUACAUGUGGGAUGCUUGUAAUUUUUUUCCGAGUAUGGGGCUUGAAACAUUGAGUUUUAUGUCGCUAAUAAAAAUUGAAGAUGGAUUUUUGAAGAUGCAUGACCAACCGAGAGACCUUGGUUUGGAAAUUAUUCGUCAAGAAGAUUACCGUGCUCCUAUGAAUCGAAGUAGGCUGUACCUCCAUGAGAAAGAGUUGGAAAUAUUUAAGAGAAAUAAGGGAAUUGAAAAUCUUAACGUUCAGGCCCUUUGUCUCGAAGGAGAUAGCUCAAAGAGUGAAUUCACAACUGAACAAUUUGAGAAACUACCGAACUUAAGAUGUCUUGUGGUGACUAAUGCAAAACUGAUAGGAGAUUCCAAAAUCUUGCUUCCCAAGCUACGAAUCCUUUGGUGUUCCGAAUGUCCUGCAUCCGUGGCUACUAAAUUUCAUCUAGAGAAAUUAGUGGUACUUUCAUUACGGGGAAGUGACAUUUCAGAGCAUUGGGAAGGUUGGAGUUAUCUUGAGGUGGCGAAGGAAUUGAAAGUUCUAAAUCUUGCAAAUUCCCCUCGUUUAAGAGUUACUCCUGAUCUCUCGACCUUUCAACAUUUAGAGAUAUUAAUCCUCAAAGGAUGUGAUAAUCUAGAGCUAAUCCACCCUUCUAUUGGAGAAGCCAAGUGCCUCAAUGUUUUGAGUUUAUAUGGAUGUGUAAAACUCCGAGAGCUACCACAAGAAAUGGGUAAGUUGGAAGAACCGAAGGAACUUUACAUAAACCCGAUCGCUAUAGAGGAAAUUCCUCCGUGUAUAAGUUCUUUGAAAAAGCUGGAGAGUCUUUGUGCCGAAGAUUGCGAAUCAUUGGUUCAAAUUCCCGGCUCAAUUAGCCAUCUAGUAAAUUUGUCAAUCCUUGACCUAGCUAAUUGCUCAAAAUUAUGUAGAUUGCCGAGAGCAUCGGGUCCCUUGUGAACUUGCAAGAGCUACUCUUAAGCGAACGCAGCUUUUCAAGAGAUUUUCAUAUCCCUAACUCAAUUGGGAACUUGGAAUGGUUGACUACAUUAAAUUUGUCAUUUUUAAGCAUUUGUAAAUUGCCUAAAUCUAUUGGGGAUU